CUUCUGCAAACCUACGAAUCCAAACCCGCGAAUCCAAAUCCAUUUUUCAUCCUUCAACAUUCGUUUUUCUUCAAACCCAACCACAUUUAACCUUCAUCGUGAAAACAUUUUCAUCCUUCACAUUUAACCUUUAUCCUUCAGUGAAAACGUGAAUGAAUCGCAGUUUUUAGCCUUCAUCGCCGGCGAGUUGGUCCGGCGCAGCUUUCAGUCAAUUUCUUUCACUAUCGAGAAGUGUUUGUGGCUUUCUCCGGUCAGAUUUUCCUCAGCUGGCUAGCCAGGGAAGCUGGGGGUCGAAAAUGUACCCCUGAAAGGUAAUUCACCAGGAUUUUUAACCCGGCAGAAAUCAGCAAGUGGCAAGCCAACUGAGCGACCUCUACAAUCACCACCUGCCUCUUCUCCAUCGGCGCUGAAACUGAAAAAAGAUGCCAUGACUAAGCAUUCUGAGGCCAUGGGCUUCAGAGAUUGGUGUGAGAAUGAGUGUGUUAAGCUCAUUGGGACAAAAGAUACAAGUUUCCUUGAAUUUUGCUUGAAGCAAUCCAGAUCAGAAGCUGAGACCCUUCUUAUAGAAAACCUUGGAUCAUAUGACCCUGACCAUCAAUUCAUUGAUAAAUUCCUCAAUUACAAAGAGUUGUUACCAUCAGAUGUGUUGGACAUAGCUUUCCAGAGUAGGCAUGACAAUAAAGUUAACGGACUUGGUAUCGCUGCUGGUGGCAUGGCAUCAGCUAAAGCUGCAGAUAUACAGGAUGUGGACAAAACUGAAGGAUCCUCCAAAGGAGGUGGAAAGAAGAAGGGCAAGAAGGGGAAAAAGGUUAGCCCUUUAGUUUUGGGAUUUAAUGUUGUGAGUAACCGGAUCAUGAUGGGUGAGAUCCAGACUGUAGAAGAUUAAGAUAAGAUUACAAUUAAAUUUUAUGCAUGAGGUUGUUGCGGUAGAUGUACAUACAUUUUGGUCGCACAUUGUAAAUGCUUUUGUUCGAUUUAGGAUAUUUAUUUCCUACACA